ACGCGCGCCCCCGCCUGGUCCACGCGCGCCGGGGCCGCCACAACCUCACUCUCCGGUGGCUCCGGAGCGCACUGCCGGGCACGCUCUCUGGAGCUCGGGCGUCCGCGAUCGCGCGUGCUAGGGCGCCGGCGGCGACAGGCGGGGGGCUCGGCGCUGCUCUGCCACCGGCUGCUGGCAGCCAGCGCCGGGGACCCACCUAGAGUGGCCCGGCUGAGCUGUGGGCGACCCACGGGCUUCCGGACCCUCGCAGCGGCUGUGGGGAGCUCGGGCCGCGGCUCCUCCAGCUCCAAUCUGGGCGCCUGGGGCCACUCGCUGCCGCCGCCCAUGGGUAUCAGAGAGUUUCCCGGCGGCGCUCCCAGGGCCAAGAGCAUCGCUGUUGGCAUGAGGAGGUCACCGGACGUCAGCCCGCGGAGACUGUCCGACAUCAGCCCUCAGCUCCGGCAGCUUAAGUACUUGGUGGUGGACGAGGCAAUCAAGGAGGAUCUGAAAUGGUCGCGCUCCGUGGAGGACCUCACUAGCGGGCCAGUGGGACUCACGUCCAUCGAGGAGCGGAUCCUGCGCAUCACAGGCUACUAUGGCUACCAGCCCUGGGCGACCAGCUACAAAAGGGAGGAGCGCCCCCGGGAGCCCCCGGGCCCUGCAGAGGCCCAGGCGCCAGCUGGGACAGAGGCUGGCGGAAGGACGAGCCGGCACCGCUGGACAUGCUCUCCAGAGCAGCUGCGGAAGGUCUUCUGGGGCGUGGCUGUCGUGUUCUGCGUGUGUGCCUCCUGGGCCGGCUCCACGCAGCUGGCCAGGCUGACUUUCAAGACCUUCGAUGCACCGUUCACCCUGACUUGGUUUGCUACCAACUGGAACUUUCUGUUCUUCCCAUUGUACUACGCGGGGCAUGUGUGCAAGUCCACAGAGAAGCAGUCUGUGAAACAGAGAUACAGGGAAUGCUGUCGGUUUUUUGGAGACAAUGGCUUGACUUUGAAAGUGUUCUUUACCAAGGCAGCACCGUUCGGUGUUCUUUGGACUCUCACAAACUACCUGUACUUACACGCAAUAAAGAAAAUAAACGCUACCGACGUCUCCGCGCUGUUCUGCUGCAACAAAGCUUUUGUUUUCUUGCUGUCGUGGAUCGUUCUCAGGGACAGAUUCAUGGGAGUGAGGAUCGUGGCCGCCAUCCUCGCCAUAGCAGGCAUUGUCAUGAUGACCUACGCGGAUGGCUUCCAUAGUCACUCCGUCAUCGGCAUAGCCCUGGUGGUGGGCUCUGCUUCCAUGUCAGCCCUCUACAAGGUUCUGUUCAAGCUGCUGCUGGGCAGCGCCAAGUUCGGAGAAGCGGCCUUAUUCCUGUCCAUCUUGGGUGUGUUCAACGUCCUCUUCAUCACCUGCAUCCCCAUCAUCCUCUACUUCACCCGGGUGGAGUACUGGAAUUCCUUCGACGACAUUCCAUGGGGAAACCUCUGUGGGUUUUCCAUUCUCUUAUUGACAUUCAAUAUUGUAUUAAAUUUUGGAAUCGCUGUCACGUAUCCCACACUGAUGUCUCUCGGAAUUGUCCUCAGUGUACCUGUGAAUGCAGUGGUCGAUCACUAUACCAGUCAGAUAGUCUUCAACGGAGUCCGGGUCAUAGCCAUCAUCAUUAUCGGCCUGGGCUUCCUCCUGCUGCUCCUGCCAGAAGAGUGGGAUGUCUGGUUAAUCAAGUUGCUCACUCGCCUCAAAGUGAGGAAGAAGGAAGAGACUACAGAGGGCAGUGGGGACUUGGGCCCAGGUCCCCAGAACAGGAGCAGAAGAGCCCGCCCAUCCUUCGCUCGCUGAGACCACUCCUCUAGGACUCUGGGAUGCCCCCAUGGUAAUGCUUUUGAGGUCUAUUCCUAAGGGAGGAACCUCAGUUGGGUGAGGUGUACAUACAUGUACAGUUUUGGUAAUCUGCAGUAAGUUCUAUGGUAUUUAUUGGCAUGUCCAAUUUGCUUGCACUUUUCCACAUCAGACCUUCCACUUAAGGGUACCAAUUCAAAACGGAAGAGAAAAGAGCCUCUCAGUGCUUCUUCAGUGAAUGUAAAGUGGGGUUCAAUGAGCCUUGCAUUGAUUGUUUCAGAGGGCAGGCAAGCGGGACACACUGGGGCAAAUGCUCUGCCUCUUAGCAACUGAAAAUGACAUUGUACACUGUGAUUAUUUUUCAGCUAUAGUAGGUCAUAUUUUGUUUUAUACCAGAACUGUAUACUUAAUUUUAAGGAAUUUCAAUGAACCAAAAGAUAAUUGUCAGUUAAUCUGGAUGGAUGGAUGGAUGGAUGGAUGGAUGGAUGGAUGGAUGGAUGGAUGGAUGAGUGUGUGGAUAGAUGGAUAAGCAUACGGAUGGAUAACUGGGUGGUGGGUGGACAGAUGGGUGGAUGGGAAGGGAGGAGAGAGGUGACACAGACAAGGAUAAUGGACAUGAAGAUAAUUGGAGGACAGGCCUGUGCCAGGUCACAUGAUAGAAAGCAGGAAUCUGACCUAACUGGCCUGCCCUCUUGCGUCUUCACAAGAUCAUGAGGAGAACUUAGUGCCUUCUACGCAUCUCCGUCCUUACCUAUGUGAAGCGAGGUGACAUCAUAUGUCACUGGCGCCGUCUUAUAAUUUAGAUGUAGAAAUCUUUAAAAAAAAACAAACACAAACUCUAUGUGUAUAUGUGUGUACAAAAGUGGCAACGUUGGUGGCCAAUGCGUUUGGAAGGGGGCUGGCGGUGUGUGGCACGCACAGCAGGUGCACUGUGUAAGAGGAACUGCUGGUGGCUUUCACUUCCAGACCAAGACUGAAGCAUUACUUACUGAGUCUGUAAACCUUUUUAAGACGCUCUUAAGCACCGGGCUGUUUACUUACACAAUCUAGGUCUGCCAGAAACUUCUAUCUGUGAUAGAUCUGUACAGAGGGACUGGGGCUAGAGUUUACUAUUUUUGAAGUUUACAUUGUUACACAUAAAUGGGAACCUGAUUUUGAAAUGGUGUCAUAUCCCAAUGGUGCAUUCUGGAACCAUGGAGUCUUUUGUUUCCUGGGGGAAAGGGGCACUCAUGACCUGAACUUUUUAGCCAAUUAUUAUCCUCGGUUUCCAUUACUUGUUUGGCCAAACAGAUUAAUAAAAUAUUUGAAACAAAGAAAGCAUUGAGUAUGCUCUUGGGACCCCCUGGUCGCCUCCCACUAAGGGUCCUGAUGCAGCCUGCAGAGUCUCCCAACCAGUUUCUGGAAGGUCAGCCUGCCUUGCUGCUGUGAGGGAAGGUGACUGUUGCUGUGAUGACAGAAGAUUGUGUGACAGUCACGGGCUUCAUAGGAACUGUAAGUCUCUGGGGCUGAGGAGAUGGUGCAGUGGGAAAGUACUCGCUGCACAAGCAUGAGCACCGGAGUUCAUAUCCCCAACACCCACGUAGACAGCUGAGCAUGGGAGUUUAUAUCCCCAACACCCAUGUAGACAGCUGAGGAUGAGAGUUUAUAUCCCCAACACCCAUGUAGACAGCUGAGCAUGGGAGUUCAUAUCCCCAACACCCAUGUAGACAGCUGAGGACGAGAGUUUAUAUCCCCAACACCCAUGUAGACAGCUGAGCAUGGGAGUUUAUAUCCCCAACACCCAUGUAGACAGCUGAGCACAGGAGUUCAUAUCCCCAACACCCAUGUAAACAGCUGAGCACGAACACGUGCUGCAUGAGCACACCACACACACACACACACACACACACACACACACACACACACACACACACCCCUUUAAUCCAGCACUGUAAGCAAUGGAGGCAGAAGAUAAAUGAAACUGUCUAGGCAGCUAUGGCCAGGAGCUGUGACACCAAGUGUCUUGUGCAGAGUUGCAGAGGGCAGGGCUCCUAAAGAUGACCUAAGAGUCACAUCACCCACACCUAGAAUGUCUCCACUUCGGAGAAAUCCAAAAGGAAACAUAGAUGACAAGGACCUGUCACCACCACCACCACCAAAUGAUUCAUUUAACUCGGCCCAGGGAAUAGUUCCUUUUAGAGACACAUCAUAAAAUUGGAAAUACCUGCCUUAUAGUAAACUUAUCUUCUCCCAUCAGCUCAUUAAGAUUAAAAUAUUGGGGCUGGCGAGAUGGCUCAAGUUGAGAACACUGACUGCUCUUCCGAUGGACCCAAGUUCGAUUCCCAGCAUCC